AUGGAAACAGCACUCAAGCCGAUCAACGCGAAGAUAUCUCAACUAGAGGAAAAUGUCAAUAAGGUACUUACAUCUGAGAAAGGCAAAACCAAGGUAAGUGGUGAGAAAAGUGUUGAAGAGCGCCUGAAUAGACUUGAGUCUGCGUAUAGUCUCUUACAAGAGCAGAACAAUCAACUCAAAGUAGAGAAUGAACAGCUCAAACGCAAACUACACCAAGCAACCAACACAACAGACACACAUACACCUAUGCCAACCAUGAACACCACUGAUUUCCCCAAUUUGGGCGAAUCACAAUCGGACCCGAAGCAAAGGCCUGCACUGAAAUCAUUUAAAGAAAUGCUCAAUCAAACUAGAAGCCCAUCCUCUCGCGAGGCACAGGAAGCUCCCCGUCUAUUUGGGAUUGUCAGGAUCACUGGGAGCUCUCCGCACUAUACUUUAACUGCAACACUCACGCUUUAG